AUCAACGCUCUUUCCCUACCGACCUUUUGACCCAAUUUGGGAGUGGCCGAGUGGGAGCAGAGACUCUUGAGCUUCCCGCGUUUGUUUCCCCUUUGUCUAUGCCCAUUAAGACUUCGAUUCUUCUGAGAAGUGAAGACGGAGAAGACAUUCUUCUCUAUUAAGACUUCUGAGAGCUACAUGGACAGACGAACAUAGGAAAAGGAGUUGAAGGGAUGGGUUCGGGAACUUUUCUCAAGCUGACUGCUGAGAUCUUAUUUGCUCGGUAUGUAGGCUCGUGAGUCGUGACCACGGAGAACCUAAACCUCGGAUUCUCUUUCGUUCUCUCUUUUUCUUUUUUCUCAUCUUCGGCAAUCUUUUAUGCAUGAAUUCAUUUUCUUGAUGUUUCCUGAGUUAAUUUGACGAAGAUUCCUUUGUUGCUAAGAUUUCUUUUUCAGAAAGGGGAGUGAAUUUGGCUGCCUUUAUUCACUAUGAUCUAUCCCUUAUAUGCUUCAAUCCGAGCCAUAGAGAGUGGGUCGAAGUCCAACAUCCAGCAGUGUCUCACGUAUUGGGUUCUGUUUUCUCUGAUAGCACUCUUGGAGUUUGCACUUGCAAAAAUAUGUGUCAGGCUCCCAUUCUGGCCUCAUGCAAAGGGGAUAGUGUCAUGCAUGUUGGUGGUACCAUACUUUGAGGGUGCUGCUUAUGUCUAUAAACGAUUUUUUAGACCACUUCUUUCCAUGAGGCCACUAACAUCUAGCAUAUGGUUCAACCUGAAGAGCUUUAUCUUCACUACACAAGAUGACUUCUUGAUCUUCACUACAGAAGGUGACUUCCUUGUUGCUGCAGAGAGAUACAUCAGAGAGAAUGGAUCAGAAGCACUGGAGAAACUCAUCGUUGGCAAGGGUGACUUUGAAAAGCCAAAAAUUGAUAGCUUGGAUGGGGAACCGAUUGUGCCAACCAAUUCAAAGAAUGCUCAAAGAGAAUGGAGUUGUGCUCUCUGUCUGGUGAGCACUUCCAGUGAGCAAUGUUUGAAAAAGCAUGUGCAAGGGAGAAAGCACAAGAAUAAGGAGGAGGAUCUUCUAGCAUACAAGAUUGGAAAUGGAAAGAUGGACGAACCUGCUUUGAUGCUGAAGAGAAUCAGUAAUGUUGAUGAAUUCAAAGACUUGAACCAGGCCAUAAUGCUCAAAAUGGAAUGGCUAGCUAACACCCCAAUUGGUAGACCAAUUAGGUGGUGCAGAUGGGAGAAGCCCAUGUUAGGAUGGACAAAAUUAAAUACAGAUGGAUCUAUUGAUCCACAGAAUUCUGGUUUAGGUGGGUUGCUGCGGGAUCACAUGGGCAAUCCAAUCUGUGCCUUUGUUACCAAGGCCCCUCGAGAUGGAAUCUUCUCACUGGAAUUAUGGGCUGUUUGGAGGGGCCUUGUUCUUGCGUUAGGCCAGGGAAUUAAAGAUAUCUGGGUUGAGUCCGAUUCAAUGAGUGUUGUGAAGGUCAUCAAUAAAGAGUGGCCUCAUCCUCAGAAAGCAGGUAGCUGCUUGAAGCACAUAUGGGAGAUGCUAAGAAAGUUUGACAAGUACCGAGUCUCGCAUUCAUGGCGUGAAGCCAACCGAGCUGCUGACCAUCUCGCCAGGAUGGAUCUUCCCAGCAAUGAUGUAGUAUUAUGGCCUGUUGAUUUUCCCGUCUCCCUUGUUGAUAUCAUCAAGGAGGAUGCCCUAGGAAAGGAAUACCGUAGAAGGCUCUAAAUUUGUCUUCUCGAUUUGAUUGCAAUUGUAAUACAAGUUUGCAGCAACCCAGGUUUAACACUGAUGAUUUCGCAGA